AUGCUGGGGGAAACAGCCAGCUGUUUUAUAAGAGCUUCCAUUAAGCGGUCUAUAUUUCUGCCAAUAAAGACUUCAGGGGAUUUGGAUUACUCAGAAUUUUUGUAUGAGUUAGGUACCGGUGCAUACAUUAGCGUCAAACGGGAUCCGUUUAUGGAAUUGAUAGUAUUCGAUCAAUUGGUGCAAUAUAUUUACUUGAUAUUAAGUUGCUAUAUGGAUAAGAGCUACACUUAUUUUGUAAAAACUUGUCAGGCUUUCUCAUCAAAUUACCCGCCGUCGUCUCGAGAUUUCACUAUCGACUUCUUAAUGUGUAUAGAUGGUUGCUUUCUACCUAUGGAGUCUUGGUUAGAAACUCUCGAUUUUUUUUUUAUUCAAGGUGGUUUAGGAAAUGAUGGGUGUGUGUCUGUCACGGAUGGUGCCGAUCAAAUCAUGUGUAGCUUUGAUAUGAUGGAGCAAAAUGAUGACUGUUGUUUAGCUUUUGAUGUAAACAGAUUCUCUUGUGAUGUGGCAAAUCUGCUGAAAGCUUCAAUGGCAGCCGCACGCGCAACUCCGAUGUUUAGGUAUUUUGUUAAGAAACCGGAUUCAGAGAGGCACAUUAUUUUUUACAGAGUUGUAGAGGGUCCCCCGGUUAUAGAACUGGGCGAGGGACAGAAACACUGCCAUGUUGGCAACGUGUGUACUCCAUUGGGAACUAUAUCACUUGACGUAUUUUACCGCAUUGAGUUUCAAACUUGUAAAACUUCCUGUUGUAGUCGUGAAGUUUCUGGCAGGCAAUCGAAGAAAUUAUGUGAAGAUGCUCCUAAACGCCCUUUAGAGGAUGAUGUUGGAGCCUACCUUCCUUUUCAACCAUCGAAACGGUCAAGUGCUAUAAGUUUUGGUAGUGAUGGUCCCGAUUCUGGCAGGAAGAGUACUGGCAGUAGUAAUUCACAGAGGGACCUGUGCGUAAAAAGACCGACAUUUUAUCUUGAAAGGACAUCUUCAUCGGGUGAAUCCAACGGCUCAAGUCUAGUUGACGGGGAGUCGUUCGAAAGGAGGAAUUGUUAUUUUGAGAAGAAGUUGAGUGAUGCAGUUACCGGAAGUACUGUUCCCUUUAUUGCUCUGCUGACAGCUUCCUACACGGACAGUACUGCAAGCCUUCGUAUUUCUCGAAAUCGAAAGGAGAAGGAGAAUAAAGAGUCGGGACCGAAUUUAGAUGAUAUAAUCUCUUGUUUGCCUGAUCCACGAACGCCCCAGAAACCUCUUUCGCCCUUUGAGAAAGAUGUCACUGAGGAAGAAACAAUGUAUGAAAGUGUUGCUAGCACAGUAGUGUUUUCUCCAACUAAGCAUUUGAGCGGACGGGACACAAAAACUUCUAACUAUUCGUAUCUCAGCAGUGACGACGAGAGUGUUUCCUCACAGGGUGACAACAACAGCGAAAACUCUUUUAUAAAGGUUCCAUUCGCACUUAUGCCGACUGGUGAUCCUUCAAAUGUUGGCGAUUUUAUUUCAUUCCUUCGUCGCUGCGAAAUGCAAGAGUUUGGAUUUGCUCUUGAUAGGACAGAUAUUUUAAUCGAUCAGCUGGCUCAGUUUGAAGCUUGUCGGCUCUCCUUUGAUCAAUUUUUGGCUAGUAUAACUGAAAGCGUUGAAAUGUGA